AUGUGGACAAAGGAUAUGGAAUUGUUUUAUCCAAAUACUCUUUUGGAGACUGGCCACGAUAUUCUCUUCUUUUGGGUGGCACGGAUGGUCUUCUUUGGCCAGAAGCUUUUGGGAAAAUUACCAUUCAAACAGGUGUAUCUUCAUGCCAUGGUUCGAGAUGCUCAUGGUCGUAAGAUGAGCAAAUCCCUUGGCAACGUAAUCGACCCAAUGGAUGUGAUAAAUGGGAUCACAUUACAGGAUCUAAACAAACAGCUUGAUGAAAAUAGCAAUUUGGAUCCUCGUGAAAUAGCAAAGGCAAAGGAGGGUCAGAAACAUGACUACCCUCAAGGCAUUCCUGAGUGUGGCACUGAUGCCCUGCGAUUUGCCCUCUGUGCAUACACAGCUCAAGGCCGGGAUAUCAACCUCGAUGUAUUGCGGGUCAAUGGAUACAGAAACUUCUGCAAUAAGCUGUGGAAUGCUACAAAAUUUGCCAUGAUGAAUAUUGGCAAGGAUUUCAAGCCUCAUGAAUCACUCAACUGUUUACAGUCAAUGGUGAAAACUGCAAGACAGAAGUGCAAGGCUCAGGCCAUUGCACCUCCCAGCUCAUCCAACAACAUAAAGUACAGUGACCAUUGCUCAUCCAGACUCUCUGAGCUGAAUGAAAAAUUUGAAAAUUUUAGCUAUAUUAAUGGUUUCAUGCCCACACAAGAUGACAUUAGUAUCAUACAAAGAUUAGAGGAAGUUGGGUCAUCAGUGUCACAGUAUCCCCACGUAUUGCGGUGGUACUGCCACAUGGCCAGCUUCUCACAAGCAGAGAGAGAUUCAUUCACGAAGGCUAGUGGCACUCCUCUGGUUUCCACCAUUGAGUGCGGAGAGGUAAGGCAUGCGUAA